AAGAAUGACCAUAAUUAUUAAUUGCUUAUCAAGAAAUUAUGAUUCAGCAAGAGAAAUGUGAUAUUACUUUUAAGUAUCAAAAGGGUUAUAUCUGGAACCAUCUCACACAAUAUAAUAUUUCAUUUAAUUCUGAAAUGUAACAUAUUCCAGUGGUUUUAUUAUCGAUGUUGCAAAGCAUUUUCGCAUGAAAUUCGUUUUUCACUCUGAGGGAAAGACGGGUAUGGGGUCUUGUAAUCGUCGUGCCCACACCCUUCCCACAAUGCAAUGGGAGCCCCGGCUCCGCGUAGACGUUGCAGCAUAUUAUGGGUUAGUAAUGGUGGGCGCGUGAUUUUGAACAAACAGCGUCGAUCAGAAGAGCUGGAGUUCAGCAGCCUUAUUUUCCGUUCCCAGUAUUUUUCAACUAUUUGUGGGAAGACGACUCUCUACUCUGACUGCUGCCCAUGGAUGGAGGAACAUCACAGGAUUCAACACAACCUUCUGUGACCAAACCCAACAUGGAGGGCGUUAGCACCAGUGGCGGUAUAGACCUGGGACAGGAUGUGUUGGGAUCACUGACAACAGAACAGGACCUACUUGCCCUGUCCACGGAGGCCCUGAUCAGUUCCGUGUCUGUGGACUCUGGACAGCUGCAGACGGACCCCAUGACACAGCUGUCAGCUGAACAGGUGUCCAGCAUCCUCGGGGAACAGACGCAAACUGUGGCAGACCUGCCCGAUACGUCGACCUUAGAUGCAGCGGUGGUUAACCAGCAGGCCGACCUACAGGUGGUUACCCAGCAAGGGACGGUGCCUCAACCACUCCUGGUCCAGUCAGCUAGUGCACAGCCUGUGGUGGCUCAGAGUAUAGGUCAGCUGACGGUGUCCCAAGCCUUACAGACUGUAUCGGCCGUGGGGAUGGGGGGGAACACCGUGAUGCUUGCUCCUGCGUCCAGUAUGACCAUGACAGCACAGUCCUCACAGCAGCCCGUACGCACAGUACAGGCAGUCCUGAAGAGGCCAGCUUCAAGUACAGGACCUCCUGUCAUUACCAAGGUGAUCAUAACUAAGACAGCGUCAGGCCAUGCCAUCGCCACGACAACUGUGGUGACAACAGCGACAACUCCGCAGCAGGUAGUGACUCAGGCCACGCUCCAGUCCCCCACAAAAGUCCUGCCAGCGUCACCCAUCAGCAUGGCACCAGGCACCCCGGUUAAGGCACAGCCUCCACCCAAUAAAGUUCCCAUUUCUCCACUCAAGACACCAACAAAGGUGACAGUGGUCCCAGUGAGUAUAACCUCCCCUCCGAAGCGGAUAGCUCCUGCCCCGGUGGUGGCUACUACUGGAGCAGUGUCCGGCAGUGGUCCAGUGGUGGUCACUCUGUCCAAGGUCCUCCCUGGGACUACCACACACAUCAUGUCCCCAACCAAACUGGCCAUCAGGCCAGCCACUAUGGUAAGCACGGCCAAACCAGGUGGCACACCUGUGCAGGUGCAGCAGCCGGUACAGAGUAUCCGGCUGGCGACCCCGCCCAACGUGCAGCAGAUCCACGUGCCGGGCUCCAAGUUCCAGUACGUCCGACUGGUCACCACUACCACAGCAGCACCCAGCCUGACCUCCAAUCCAUCAGUUAUGAGCAAGCCGAAUGUGGUGACAGCUGGACAAAUAAACAGGACAGUGGCCAUCGCACCUGCCACCACCUCUACAGCAGCUGUCCAGCCGAAACAGGUGAUCCAGACCAUCCAGAUGAAGCCUGCCAACGUUCCCAUAGCUCCUGCUCCGAUCCAGUCCAAGCCCCUGACAGGACAGGUCCCAGUGUCUGUAGCCAUGCCACAACAGAGAAUCAUCAUGCCUGCAACCAGCUUCCAACAGAUUCGCCCCAACCAGCUGACCUCCGUGCCCAACAUAUCCCAGCUGCCACCUGGCACCUUUCUCGUAUCGAACCAAGGAGCCAAUCAGCAGGGAGGAGGCAUGCAGACCGCGUACGCUGUGGUUCCUGCACAGUACGUCCAACAGGUAUCGCAACAGCCCAGCACCACCACUAGUUAUGUUCCCAUCACAACAAACAACUUCCAAGCCACCACAGCCACCCAGCCUCGUCAACAAGUCAACGGCACACUGAACACAGAGCAGGUUGGGACCAGGCCACGUAAGCCUUGUAACUGCACAAAGUCACAAUGUCUGAAACUGUACUGUGACUGUUUUGCUAACGGGGAGUUCUGCAACAACUGCAACUGUAAUAACUGUUUCAACAAUCUGGAACACGAGGCUGAGAGGGCAAAGUCCAUCAAGGCCUGUCUGGAGAGGAACCCGUAUGCAUUCCACCCCAAGAUUGGUAAGGGGAAGGAGGGGGAGGGGGACAGGAGGCACAACAAGGGCUGCAACUGCAAGAGAUCCGGCUGUCUCAAGAACUACUGCGAAUGUUACGAAGCUAAAAUCAUGUGCAGCAGCAUUUGCAAGUGUGUGGGCUGUAAGAACUUUGAGGAGAGUCCUGAGCGCAAGACGCUGAUGCACCUGGCAGAUGCUGCGGAGGUCAGAGUUCAGCAACAGACGGCGGCCAAGACCAAACUGUCCUCCCAGAUACAGGACAUCCCGGCCAGACCACCCGCAGUAAACACUGCUGGGGAGAGGCUCCCGUUCUCGUUUGUGACCCGAGACGUUGCAGAGGCCACGUGUUCCUGCCUGUUGGCACAAGCGGAGGAAGCGGAGAAGGCAAACUGCUCGCCCGCCAUGAUGGAACGGAUGGUCCUGGAGGAGUUCGGCAGAUGUCUGCUGCAGAUCAUCCACUCUGCCGGCAAAACUAGAGCUCCUAACAAUCAAUGAAGCACAACAGAGAAUCGAACUUCACAGAAGAUCAUCUACAAACUACAACAUUGUAUAUAAGCUGCCAGAUGAAGAGAAGACUGAUUUUACUUUCCGAAGGUGCCGUGUAUAUACGAAAAGUUCUUGGCAUAUGUAGCCCAAGCACUAAGAUUAAAUACAUAUAGCAUGGUAGAAAAUACCUAAAAAUUUAUUGAACGUAGUAGCCACUUCAACAGCAAGUCCUUCACCAUACAUAGAUAGGUGGUAUAUUUUUGUUGUUUUAUAUUAAUUCAUAACUCUGUCAUUCAAAACUUUUUGUUUCUCACACGAAGGGGACCUAAAGCUUUGCUAUUUAUUUCUCUUGGCUGUUUUAUGUUCUUUUCUUGUUUGUUUUGUACCAUAACAGUUGAAAUGAUAAUAUGUAUCAGUACCAUGGAAAGGAAUGGGGCUGUUUAAUUUUACUAACCACGAAUUUUGACUAGAGCAGCAACAGCAACAAAUUUGGAGAGAUGGAUCCCAGUGUAUAUGCUCAAAAGUCCUAUUGGACAAUCAUACCUCGUUGGAAAGAUUUCUUACAUUUACUUUCUACAAUUUAACUCCUUACAUUCCAUUAACUUCUUCCUCAUAUCAAGUUCAACAAAUACUGAAUAAGAAAAAGUGUUACUAAUCACUCAGAGGUAAGUUUCAUGAUAGUUUGAAGUAGUGGUACCCUUCAGAAAAUUAAAGAAAGCAUUGCAGUAUGAAAUGGAAUAGACAUAGUAAACUUACUAUUUUGAGAGUAUUUCUCAAAAUGUUACUAAACAAUGAAUGACAGACUUUUGUGUAUUUUUGUGGUUUAUGUGUGUUUCGUUUGUAUGUUUGUAAUAAUCAAAUACAAAGGAUUGUUGUAGACACACUGUUUAUAAAAUUUUGUAUAUAUUUUUGUUGUUGUUGAUGUUAUUCCCCCGUGGAUGUUGUUUGUGAGGAUUGUUUAUCGGAAGUGAAAAUGGCACAGAUUUGAAACCCAACUGAAAAGCUAGGAAAAAUAGUAAUGUAAACCUUAAGUGUGUAUAAAGGCAUACAGUUGAAUGAUCAGUGGUUUAUUCUUCAUAUCUCUCUCAAAAACAACAAAGCAUGUUUUUUAUGAUUGCAAUGUAGAUGUCAUCAGGCCAAGUCUUGUAAGAAAAUAUUUGCCAUCCCAAUUUGGUAAAAGUGACCUUUUGCAUGCUCUUUAUUGAUAUUAUUAUUAACAUUAAAUGAGC